AUGAACGAAGAGGAGACGCUCAUGAAUAUCUACAAGAAGAUCGAGCGCGAGAAGGCUCUGAUCAAUGCCGCCAACUUGAUGCGACAGCAAACUAACAAUGAAGCUGUUCGCUCCAAGCUCGACACCCAGAUGCGGGAUGGCAGGAGGAAUCUUGAGUUCUUCGAGGAGAAGCUGCGCGAGCUCCAGAUGCGCCGCAUGGGUCAGGGCGUCGAGAACAUGAGCCUGGGUUCUUCAGGCGGCGGCCCGUCUACCCCUCGCCCACAUAGCGCAGACAUGAGAAACGACCAGGACGGCCCGCCAACGCCUCCGCCGAAGGAUGCAUCGUCGUGGGGAGGGGACCGCUCGUCGUACGGCUCCGUGCAGUAUAGCCAGAUCGGCCAGCAUGGCGACAUGAUGCCCCCUCGCCAUCCGUACGCGGCGCCGGCGCCCUCAACUGGUGUCCCCAAGGCCAGACCCAACUUCACGAAACUGGACCUCAUUAAAUACGACACCCCCUAUCUUGGUCCCCGAAUCCAGCUCAUGCUGUCCCAGAUUCAGUUCAAGCUCAAUGUUGAGGAACAAUAUCUGAAGGGAAUCGAAAAGAUGGUCCAGCUGUACCAGAUGGAGGGUGACAAGAAGAGCCGAGCAGAUGCUGCUGCUAGACGUGUCGAGAGCAAGCAAAAGAUCAUACUGUUGAAGCAGGCACUCAAGAGAUAUGAAGAACUUCAUAUCGACAGUGAUCAGGCAGAUUCUCCGGAUGAUGAUAGUAUCAACAUGCCGAAUCUGCGUAAACCACUGACUGGACAGUUAGCGAUCAGAGUAGUUGCCGUCAAGGACGUCGAUCACGCACCCGCCGGCAGGUUCAGCCGUGGCCCUGAGACUUUCGUUGCGGUGAAGGUGGAAGACAACGUAGUUGCACGGACAAGAGCUUCUCGUACGGAUAGAUGGGAUGCCGAAUACCACACCAUCGACGUUGACAAGGCCAACGAGAUCGAGCUUACCGUCUACGAUAAGCCGGGAGAACACGCAGUACCUAUCGGCAUGCUCUGGGUUAGAAUAUCUGACAUUGCGGAAGAGCUGCGUAGAAAGAGGAUCGAGGCGGAGAUUAACACUUCAGGAUGGGUGUCGGCCGAUAGGAUGGUCAACCCCAGGGGUCCUCCUCCGCCGCAGUUUCCAAUGAGCCCCCAGCAACAGCAACAACCACAGUUCGGACCGCCGCCUACAUCUCCUGGAUACCAAAAUGCGAAUCCCAUGUACCAACAGCCCCAGCCACAGCCCCAGGUUGCCUCGCAACCUAUUGAUGGCUGGUUUAACCUCGAGCCAACAGGUCAGAUCCAGCUGAGUUUGAACUUCGUGAAGCAGGCCAAAGACCGUCGACCAUUCGACCUUGGUCUCAACCGAAAGGGCGCUAUCCGUCAGCGCAAAGAGGAGGUUCACGAGAUGUACGGCCACAAGUUUGUUCAACGGCAGUUCUACAACAUCAUGCGUUGCGCGCUAUGCGGCGACUUCCUCAAGUACUCAGCGGGCAUGCAAUGCGAGGACUGCAAGUACACUUGCCAUACAAAGUGUUAUACUAGUGUUGUCACGAAAUGUAUCAGCAAGUCAAACGCAGAAACCGACCCCGACGAAGAGAAGAUCAACCAUCGUAUCCCCCAUAGGUUUCAGCCUUUCUCGAAUCUCACAGCAAAUUGGUGCUGUCACUGUGGUUAUCUACUUCCUUUUGGAAAGAAGAACUGCAGAAAGUGCACAGAAUGUGGUCUUACAGCACAUGCUGGAUGCGUGCACUUGGUACCGGAUUUCUGCGGUAUGUCGAUGGCUGUUGCAAACCAGAUUCUCGAAGGUAUUCGAUCGCAAAAGCUACGGGCAAAGGAGAAGCCAUCAUCGCUUAGCGAACGGACCCUUCGCCAAGGCAAGAUGAGCCCGACAGUCUCUCAAGCCUCAACGCUCUACGGAAGUUCGAGCCAGCUCUCAUCAUAUGCGCCAUCGACUGCAUCUGCCGAGGCGACAGAGGCGGCUAAAGCAAUCUCGGCUGCCGCCGCCGCCGCUGCAUCAGCUGCCAUGUCCGGCACAAUGGCUUCGCAGGGUUCCAAGACUUCUGGCGCACCACAAAUAGGGGCCAUCCCUGACUAUGGUGGACGUUUUGGAGGAGGAAUGUACCCUGACCAGCAGCCUGAAGAUCCAUAUGGUGCUCAACAAUACGGCAAUUCCCAGCAACGCAAAUACAAUCCGGCUGACUAUGCCAACGUGAAUGCCUACCCUACCCAGCAACAAAUACAGCAACAACGGCCAGCUCAAGCCCAACCAGUGCAGCAGCAACAGCAACCAUAUCAGCAACCCGUCCCUCAGCAGAAGCCCCAAGCACUUGAUCAACAACUCGCGGCCUCGCCUACAACUCCCACAGGCGUCUCAUCACCACAAAAGAAGCCUCUACCGUCCGCCACUGAUCCUGGCACUGGUCAACGUAUUGGUCUCGAUCACUUCAACUUCCUCGCUGUUCUCGGAAAGGGUAACUUCGGAAAGGUCAUGCUCGCUGAGACCAAGAGAUCACGCCAGCUUUACGCCAUCAAGGUGCUGAAGAAGGAGUUCAUCAUUGAGAACGAUGAAGUCGAGAGCAUUCGCUCGGAAAAGAGAGUGUUCUUGAUUGCCAACCGGGAACGACACCCCUUCCUGACGAACCUUCACGCCUGCUUCCAGACGGAAACCCGUGUCUACUUCGUCAUGGAGUAUAUCAGCGGUGGUGACCUCAUGCUUCACAUUCAGAGAGGUCAAUUUGGUACCAAACGAGCACAGUUCUACGCCGCUGAGGUCUGCCUCGCUCUCAAGUAUUUCCACGAGAACGGCGUUAUCUACCGUGAUCUGAAGCUCGACAACAUCUUGUUGACGCUUGAUGGCCAUAUCAAGAUCGCCGAUUAUGGUCUUUGCAAGGAAGACAUGUGGUAUGGUUCAACAACUAGUACCUUCUGUGGUACCCCUGAGUUUAUGGCACCAGAGAUCUUGUUGGAUAAGAAAUAUGGCCGGGCCGUUGACUGGUGGGCCUUUGGUGUGCUGAUUUACCAGAUGCUCCUGCAACAGUCACCAUUCCGAGGUGAGGACGAGGAUGAAAUCUACGACGCUAUUUUAGCGGACGAGCCGCUCUACCCGAUUCAUAUGCCCAGAGACUCGGUUUCGAUCCUACAGAAGCUGUUGACUCGGGAGCCAGAUCAGCGACUGGGAAGCGGACCGACUGACGCUCAGGAAGUGAUGAGUCAGCCGUUCUUCCGCAACAUCAACUGGGAUGAUAUUUAUCACAAGCGGGUACAGCCCCCAUUCUUGCCACAGAUCAAGAGUGCAACGGAUACAAGCAACUUCGAUUCCGAAUUUACCAGUGUUACGCCAGUCCUUACCCCAGUGCAGUCAGUUUUGUCCCAGGCUAUGCAGGAAGAGUUCCGUGGCUUCUCAUAUACUGCAGACUUUGAGUAG